CGAGGAGACGUUGGAAAAUAAAUCCCCAGCUCCAUGCCGGCUGCUCGGAGGUGGCGCCUCCUGUUCCGUUGUGGUCGCCCUUAGUCCUGCUUUCUUCGUGGAUUGCUGUGUUCCGCUCGUUCUGCCUUGGUGCCUGUGGUGCCACAGGUCCGACGCUCAGGCCCCUCGCUGGAAUUCAGUCUAUAUGAGCUCUCUUUCCUUGCAACUUCCUUUCAGAGGGAAGAAAUGAGACUGAAACUUCUGCACCUUCAGACGAGAUCUUUCCACACUUUAACAACAAUAUGUCAAUGCCAAAGCUUUAACAAAACUGGAUGUCUACUAUUAAAACCGGAUAAUGAAGUUGAAAGAGCGGCUCACAGAACAGCAAAGUCUUGCAAUUUGUAUGCACUGAAACCUGCGUUCCCUUGGUUGACAAGUCAGUAUGUGCAAGUCAGGAAUUGGCAUUUUCUCCAAGGAUUUCUGUCCACUUUGGAAAGAAAUACUUAUUAUCAGAGUGGGGAGGGUUUUUUCUCAUCCUGGAGACAUUUGGGUGUGUCGAUGAUGGAAAACUACAGGCUCAAUAGAGAGUGGAUCAUAAAGCUUAGGAACACAUCAUCAAGAUUUUAUGCAGUUGUAUCAGCUGGUAAAAUUGUCCCCAAACCCAAUAACCAGCCAGUUAAGAGGCCACCAAAGGCACCGAGGACCAAGCAGCCAUCCAGAACGAACCUGCCGCUCUCAGACAUGAAGAAUCUGAUGCAGUGCACAGCCUUUGCAACAGCAGAUGAAUAUCAUCUUGGUAAUCUCUGUCAUGACCUGACUUCACAUGGAUAUGUUGAAAUAACAAGUUUGCCUAGAGAUGCUGCAAAUGUUUUGGUGGUCAGUACUGAGAAAUCUGCAAAAGAGGAUGAUCCUGGCAUUAUUUUUUUCUUCAGGGAAGGGGCUGUUGUAUUUUGGAAUGUGGAAGAGACAAGUAUGAAGAAUAUCAUGCGAGUGCUAGAGCAGCAUGAAAUUCAGCCAUAUGAAGUUGCACUGGUCCAUUGGGAGAAUGAAGAGCUGAAUUAUAGAAUAGGGGAAGGUCAGUCAAAGCUCCAUAAAGGACAAAUCUUGUUAAAUUCUGAGUUGGAUAGUGAUGAAGUUGUUCUGCAGAAAUUUGCCUUUUCAAAUGCUCUUUGUCUUUCUGUAAAGCUGGCUAUUUGGGAAUCAUUACUGGAUAAUUUUGUGGAAUCUAUCCAAUCAAUUCCUGAGAUUCUAAAGUCACGAAGGAAGAUAAAACUCUCUCAUGCAGAUGUGAUGCAGAAAAUUGGAGAACUCUUUGCACUAAGACACCGUAUAAAUCUGAGCUCAGACCUGCUAAUAACACCGGACUUCUACUGGGAUAGAGAAAAACUGGAAGAGCUUUAUGACAAGACUUGCCAGUUUCUCAACAUUAAUCGCAGAGUUAAGGUAAUGAAUGAAAAGCUCCAGCACUGCAUGGAGCUGACAGACCUAAUGCGAAAUCACCUGAAUGAAAAGCACGCGCUGCGUCUUGAGUGGAUGAUAGUAAUACUAAUCACCAUAGAGGUUCUGUUUGAACUUGCAAGGGUAGUUUUCUGAUGACAGAACUCAGGAAGAAGAAAACAGACAAAACAAUAGAGAACACAAGACCUGAAAAAUUCCGAUCAUACACUUCUGGAGAAUCAUGAAAUUGUGUAUCUUGAUAAAUCUUUAAAUAUUCUACUCAAAUAAAAAAAAAUAAAAAUCAGUCUGUGAACAUUAUUCCCAAC